AUGUCACUGCAGUUAUUUAGUUUUGGACACCCCUGCGAGCAUCAGCUGCGCAGGACGUGUAUUGGCGGCGCCAGCUGCCCCCUCAACGGCUACCCAGACAAUUGGUGCUGCAGCUUUAUCAAGGGGAAGAUCAACUUCAAGAGGGACAAGCCGUGCGAGGGGCCUCGCUGUCGAUGGGGUUUCACACACCCAUCACAGUCCCAGUUUGAUGCUGUAACGCAUGUACUAAACGAGAGUCGCCCCAUCGCGGUUAAGAUUGACGACGCGGAAGACAAGGAACAGCUUACCUUCCACAUAGAGAACCCGCACAUUGUAGACACGGUGCAGUGCGCUUUGCAUAUGAUGCGGCACCCUCCAAUUGGUCGUGCCACACGCGUGGGUCAACUGUUAGCAUACGCGGCACUGAGGGCGGCGGACCCAAAGGUGUUCAUGCAGCUUCUCAAGACACUUAAGAAGCCCGUGGACGGCUAUCUACUCGGUGCCCAUGAAUACCUCACAAGCGGCAAUUUGCCCACUGCCGCCACCACAACCAACACCACGAACACCGGUGCUCAGGGGAAAACGGCAGGCAAAAAGGGAAGUAGUGAGAAGAAAGAGGACGUCGCUGAAGAGUUGAGGAACGACAUGGUGGACCUCAUGAACGCGGCCCUCAGCUCCGGUGGACAGCUCGUCAACCGUGAAGACCAACACACACUGCAGGCGGUAUUCAUCCAUGCCCUCCGCAGCUACCCUAAGAGCAAUAAGAAGCGCCAAGAGAUGUUAGAGUUGGCUGUCGCAAAAUUCGGCAGCCGACCUGUGGCGAAAAUUACACCCGCUGCUACGACCGCUGCCGCAGGUCAGGCAACCGCCGCUGCCAAUAAUAAUACUAAUAGUAAUAAUACUACUAAUCAUAAUGCCACCACCAAUACUGCAACCACCAACAGUACACCUAGUCAUACUGCCACAUUAGGCACGGCGGCAGCAGUUGUGACUGCUGCUAAUUCGACCAAUACUGCAACAACAAAUGCAGUUGCGUCCGUGAAAGCGGCGGCAACAACAAUUCCCACGACGGCUGCUACGACGGCUGCUGCUGCUGCCGCCUUAUCUGCCGCAGGAGGCGGUGGGGGUAACAAUAAUAAUGUUUUAGCCAGCGGUGGAAAUCCGUCGAAGCUCUCGGAGACGCUGGAAGAGCCGACUACAACUCUCUCUCACAGCGGCAACUACCACAGCGUCAAUAGCAACAGCAGUAUGGUCUCCAACCGACGCCCACAGGCUGUUGGGGGCAAUUCAACGCCGAGGGCUGUGAGCACACGUAACAAGGACUCUAGCAGCACCUCACCGGCGAAGCAACAGCCCCUGGUGCAGGAAUCACCACAGCGACAAAUACCACCGCCGCCACCACCGCAACCUGUCGUUGGAAUCAGCCGCGUGGCGCAGCAGGUCCAACAGAUUCCGCCCCGCCACUAUGAACCGAUCCGCACGGAUCAGCCGCUCCCAAAUGUCGCUCUCUUCGGUGGUCUCUUUGGGCUUACGCCGCAGUCCGCCUCAUGGGCACUGCUGGGACGUGCUUCCUGCUUCAAUUCCAGUUCCGCUGCGUCCAACGCACCGGCUCUUGCGGCUCCUUCUUGCGGGUUGUCGUUCGUGGAGGCGGCGGGCGAAGCCGACGACAAGGUGCUGCGCUUCAUGCCGACAUCUGCGCCCGGUUACAACUUCUUCAGCGGCAUUGACGGGCUGCCGGCGGACCAGCAGGGAAUUAAUGUGAUCUACGACGAUUGA